AUUUUGCGUCUGAGAUGGAUAGCGGUCGGAGUGCGGAAGAGCAGGGGAACUUUUAAGCGGAGUGGGUUGGAUUAACCGUCGCAGUCACAAUUCAUUCAUUCCACAACCGGAUACCCUCUUCUGUGGCUCGGUGCGUGACUGUGUGCCCGCCGGCGACGUUUGUGCGUUUCGAUUUUCUGGUCAGAACAAGGUCAAGAGUUAGGUUGUUGGAAAGCUAAUGCAGAGUGAAGUUAGGGCGUGAAGGCAAUGCAGCUGGUUGGUCAUAUUGUAGAAGUUACUGGCCUUUCUCCCAAAGUAACAGAGAAGGAAGUUCAUGAAUUUUUCUCUUGCUGUGGUGAAAUCCUCCACAUAGAAUUUUUCAGGCAUGGAGAAUACACAUGUACUGCAUAUGUGACCUUUAAAGAUGCUUAUGCAGUGGAGACUGCCAUAUUGCUCAGUGGAGCUUCUAUUGGAAACCAAUGCGUGUCAAUAUCUCGGUUGGAAACAUAUGUGGAUGAAUCUUUUCCUCAGAAUAAUCAUUCAUGGAAGGUGGAUGAUGGAAGUAGUGCAAGGGAGGACAACCAUGCGGAUCAGUUUGUAUAUACACCUGGAGAAGCUGUAACCGCAGCACAAGAAGUAGUUACAUCCAUGAUAGCAAAGGGUUACAUUUUGAGUAAAGAUGCCCUUGCAAAAGCCAAAGCUUUUGAUGAGUCCUAUCAAGUCUCAUCUACUGCAGCGGCUAAGGUGGUGGAGCUUAGCAACAGAAUUGGGCUGACUGAUAAAAUUAAUUCAGGUGUGGAGACUGUCAAAUCUGUAGACAAGAAAUACCAUGUCUCUGAGACUACGAUGACAGCUGCAUCAUAUACUGGAAGAACAGCUGUAGCUGCUGCAAAUGCUGUGGUUAGUAGCAGUUACUUUGCCACGGGAGCUCUCUGGGUUUCCAGCGUUCUGGACCGUGCAGCCAAAGCUGCUGCUGAUUUGGCUAAUAGAGGUGUCAGAAAGUGACUUUGAGCGAUCCAAGAGUGUGAUUUGUAGCUGUAAUGUUGAUGUAUGUCUAACCGUCAUCUCGAUCUUUAUGUUGAUGUGGAAAGCUAUUACAACUGUCACAGAAAUUAGAUUCCUAUUAUGUGAUCUGAAGCCAUCGUGUAAGUUGCAACGCCCUA